AAGACUUUUCGUUACAUGGGCCAACGAUGUUAGAAGUCUCACGUACAUCUCUCGCUCUACAUACAUUUUUUUUCAGGCAGUUUACCCUUUUCUGUAUCUGCAGCCGUUGCCGUAGCUCCCCCUUCUCUCUCCGUGUGUUUUCACCUGAGCUGGAGCAGAGAUUCUGUGGGUGAAUGCGAGCUGUAUUGAUUUUCUAAUCCCCCGCCUCGGUUUUCCUUAUAAAUACCCGUCUCCUUUCUCCACCACUUCAAACAAUCGAGCUCUGGUCUUACUUGAAAGCUCCCCAAGGAUGUCUCUGUUCUCUGUUACACUCCCACUCUGCUUCUGUUUCUUGUCAUGUGUUUUCUGCCUCUCUAUCUUUUGGUCUUGGGCCACCGGCUUCUUUUCAUGCCGCAGAAGCCGCAAUAAACUAUCCUUACCCCCUGGCUCCAUGGGCUGGCCUUAUGUUGGAGAGACCUUCCAACUCUACUCCCAGAAUCCGAAUGCUUUCUUCUCACAGAAACAGAGGAGGUAUGGCUCGAUCUUCAAGACACACAUACUGGGCUGCCCGUGCGUAAUGCUCACGAGCCCAGAGGCUGUCCGGUUUGUGUUGACUCAGGCUCGUCUCUUCAAGCCAACAUUUCCGGCGAGCAAAAUGAGGAUGCUAGGAAGGGAGGCCAUCUUCUUCCACCAAGGGGACUACCACUCCAAAUUGAGAAAGCUGGUCGUCAGAGCCUUCUUGCCGGAAUCCCUCAGGAACAAGGUCGCUCCUAUAGACUCUGUUGCCCUCGACGCUCUGCGUUCUUGCGACGGACGAUCUGUAACUGCUUUCCUGGAGAUGAAGACGUACGCUUUCAACGUUGCCCUGCUCUCAAUUUUCGGCAGAGAUGAGUGCUUUGACAGGGAAGAGCUGAAGAAACUGUAUUACGUCUUGGAAAAGGGCUACAAUUCCAUGCCUGUUAGUAUCCCUGGAACUCUGUUCAACAAAGCAAUGAAGGCAAGGAAGAAAUUAAGCUUAAUCGUGGCACAGAUCCUUUCAACUAGGCGGCAACAGAAAGGAGCGCAACACAAUGAUUUGCUGAAUUCAUUUAUGAAGGAGGAGGCCCUCACUGACGGUCAGAUUGCAGACAAUGUCAUUGGGGUGAUAUUUGCUGCCAGAGAUACCACUGCUAGUGUGCUCACAUGGAUCCUCAAGUAUUUGGCAGAGAACCCAUCUGUUCUAAAAGCAGUGACGGAGGAACAAGAGGCAAUAAGGAGGACUAAAGAGAGCAGCUAUGGGGACAAGUCCCUUACUUGGGCAGACACAAGGAAUAUGCCUAUAACAUCUCGGGUGAUAUUGGAAGCAAUGAGAGUAGCCUCUGUUCUGUCAUUUACUUUUAGAGAAGCUGUGGAAGAUGUUGAAUAUGAAGGGUACCUGAUACCAAAAGGAUGGAAGGUCUUGCCUUUGUUCAGGAACAUUCAUCACAAUCCUGAUAUUUUUCCUGAGCCCGAAAAAUUCGAUCCUUCGAGAUUUGAGGUUGCUCCUAAGGCCCAUACUUUCUUGCCAUUUGGAAAUGGCAUCCACUCAUGUCCAGGCAAUGAGUUGGCAAAGUUGGAGAUGUUGGUCCUCCUCCAUCACCUAACCACAAAGUACAGGUGGACCAUCUUGGGGUCACAGGAUGGAAUUCAAUAUGGCCCAUUCGCUCUCCCUCAGAAUGGACUGCCCAUCAAGUUAUCUCGUAAAGACAUGGCUUAGAGGAAGCCAUUCAAAAGGGAAAUGGAGGAGAAAGCACCAACAAACAGGAACUUCCGGUAAAACAUACGAAGGGAUCAGGCAUAUCAUGAUCAUCUAAAGAAGAACACAAAGAGAUGGAGCUGAAGUCUUCAAAGUUCGGCUGUGGGGUUUUCAGCAAUUUUGUAUGGACCCUCAACGAACAGAAACUUGUCAUAGUUGCAGAGAAAUAAGGGUAGUUAAGAGGAGCUACAUAUUUGACAGAGGAAGGCCUUUCUUUUUCUAGCAAAGGGCUAGGAGAAAGAGGUGGGGGACAAGUGCUGCCAUAAUGUAUACAGAAAGUAACGCAGAAAAGAAAUUUUGUACAUGGUGAAAGGGCACCCUGUAAUCUUGUUGCAAUGAGACAAGGACACCAGUGCCACUCAUCAAUCAUUUUAUCAUUAUUGAUCUGUAUUUUACCAGAGAGAGAGGGAGAGAGAGAAUGUAAGUAGCAGUACGUGCCACGCGAGCCUCUGCGUGUGGUCCUGCUUUCUUCUGUAUCUGCUCCAUGUGAUCUUCUUGGGUCGUCGUUUUCGACCACUGAAUGUAAGGAAGAAGGAUCUAAGCCGAUCUUCAAAAUCA